GAAACACCGAGGAGGCUGGAAGGCUACUGGGCAGCAAGAAUGUCCGUGUCAAUUGCUUGGAUGAGCAUGGCAUGACCCCUCUAAUGCAUGCAGCGUACAAAGGGAAAAUAGACAUGUGCAGGUUGCUCUUGCGACAUGGGGCUGAUGUUAACUGCAAUGAACAUGAGCAUGGGUAUACUGCCCUGAUGUUUGCUGGACUUUCAGGAAACAAAGAAAUCACCUGGAUGAUGUUAGAGGCUGGAGCAGAGACUGAUGUCGUCAACUCUGUGGGAAGGACAGCAGCUCAGAUGGCUGCUUUUGUGGGUCAACAUGACUGUGUGACCGUCAUCAACAACUUCUUUCCACGUGAAAGGCUGGACUACUAUACUAAACCACAAGGCUUAGAUAAAGAACCAAAACUGCCAGUCAAAUUAGCUGGGCCUCUACAUAAAAUUAUUACUACUACUAACAUGCAUCCUGUUAAGAUUGUGUUGCUGGUAAAAGAGAACCCUCUAUUGGCCGAAGUAGAAGCACUGCAGAAAUGUUAUAGGGUUCUGGAUCUAAUUUGUGAGAAAUGUAUGAAGCAGAAAGAUAUGAAUGAAGUACUUGCUAUGAAAAUGCACUACAUCAGUUGCAUCUUCCAGAAAUGUAUUACAUUCUUAAAAGAGCGAGAGGAUAAACUAGAUGGAUUUAUCAAAAGUCUCUUGAAAGGAAGGGAUAAAGAUGGUUUCCCUGUAUAUCAAGAGAAGCUAAUUCGAGAAAGUAUCCGAAAGUUUCCUUACUGUGAAGCUACGUUGCUCCAGCAGCUCGUGAGAAGUAUUGCUCCUGUUGAAAUAGGUUCUGAUCCUACAGCUUUUUCUGUACUUACACAAGCUAUUACUGGCCAAGUGGGUUUUGUGGAUGCUGAAUUCUGUACAACUUGUGGGGGAAAGGGAGCAGACAAAAGAUGUUCAGUAUGUAAAAUGGUGAUGUACUGCGACCAGAACUGCCAGAAAAUACACUGGUUUACCCACAAAAAAGUCUGCAAGACCCUGAAAGAAAUUCAUGAGAAACAAGAACUAGAAGCUGCCAAAGAAAAAAGGAAGCAAGAAAAAAAGCAAAAGAAAGAUGAAGUGCAGCCAGUAGAGGAUAGUUCUACAAGUGAAGAACAGUCAGACCCUUGUUCAGAUGCUACCAAAGAAGUGGAUCCAAAUCACGCUACUGACCAAAUGGAAGAACCUGAAUUUACCAAAGAGACGGAGGCACUAGACUUGUACCCUGAAAGUCCACUGAAAAAUGAGACUGGCUUAGCUGACAUUGCUUUUCAAAAAAUUCAAGAUUCUGAGGAGUAA